GGGUGUGCUGCGAUAUCUGCAGCUCCUGUGACGGGGGUGGUGGCGGAGAGAGGGGCAGCGGCGUUAGGCCCCGGCAGCCACGAGGGACCCCCGGCGCUUCGUGGACCUGCUGCUCAUCGACGUGGUGCACCACCGGCGUCGCCAUCAGCACCACCGAGAAACUGGCUGCGUCGCUCCGGGCCAGGGUCGUCCACCAGCAGUACCAGGGGCGCGAUCCUGUAAUUGGGUAUGUAGGGUGCGGAAUAACAAUCUCCUUUGCCUCCGGCUCCAGCUGCAGCACCUCGAUCGUCUGCGCCAGCAGAUCCGCCAACUCUUGCAUUAAAGGCCGAUCACUCAGACUGGUGACGACGUGGGCAAGGCGCUGCUCCGUCACCGCACGUAGCAAUUCUGUUCCACGGACUUGCGCCGCCGCGCGGUCCCGCGGGCAGAUAGCUGCCGCCGCGGCCUCGUACAAGGAGUGCCCCGAUACCCGCGUCCGCCAAAUCUGAAGCUGAAGCUCGCCAAAGCGAACCUCCUCUCUGUCCAGAGCCGCCAUCCUGCCGUUCGCACCUGUAACGUCCGUCCAGGGAAUGACCACCACUGCGCCACCAUUGACUCAAGCUGGCCCUAGCGCACCGCGCCGCACAGUGGACGGAAAUCGAAAAUCCAGGGACAAAACUAACUUUUCUAACUUGUUUAAAAACACCGAUAAGUUAGUCAGACGAAUAGAUAACAUACUAAAGGUCAUAUUUUUGAUUUGGUUCACUUUGUAGAAGUAUUUUCGUGCUCUACAGAAAUAUAUAAAGUCAGCUCCUCAGCCUCCCGGCCGACAGCGGUGGCGGUCCGCACAGGUAGAGCAUAUUAAAAUUUACUUUUUCUUAAUGAAAAUGGUCUUGACUAGACAUCCCAUAGUAAGAAAUGGGAAAAGAAAGGUCCAUUUUUGUAAAGAGAAUCGCAGUUUUGCUGAUUUGAAUUAGCAUUAAUACGGAAAACAGUUUCCUGAGUCGGUAAAAUACUACAGCAAACCCGUCGGUUUAUAAGGGAUAUAUAAUGAUCGCCGGCAUUCGCCGGGCUGAACUCAGUUGAAAUAUGUUCUGUAUUUUACUAGCGAUGAAUCCCUUUUUGAUUUUUUCCCCGCAAUGUUCCGCUUUACUUGCACAGUCACUUCAAACUUCCGAACGCCUCGGUCCCCGUUCGAGCUGCGGGGGCUGCGCGCGCUUGGAGGUUAGGUUACUCGCCCGGGGCGGCAGCCAAGGAGCUGCACUGCGGACAAGUUAAUAGAGUAAAAGCUUUUUGGUUUGAGACUGUUUGAUAUGAGACUUGAGAGGCAAUGGGUGAGUACGCUAAAAGUAUUGUUUUAAUUUAGACUCAAUUCAAGCUAGAGACAAGCGACUGGUCGGCAAAUGAAAUAAAAACACAAAUGAAAAUAAUAUUGUGAGGUUAUGUAAGUGCAAAGGGAAGGACGUUCACAAUAAUAUGCUCUACGGGAUUUCUGUGAUAUUUUCUAAAAGAAAUGCGUCGAUAGGGCCCCGCCUAAGGUAUUUUGAAAUUCUAUAGCUUAAAUUGCAUGUAAUUUUAUAGCGCUAUCGCGGUUUCAUGCUGUUUUUCUUUGGUGUCUUUCCGAAUCGCUUUGCUUUGAAGCUUUUUUGCCACACUACUUCUCUUUGCAUGUGCAUGUUGAUUUAUUUGCUUUUAUUUGCAUUUGCACCAGCUCCCUCAUCAUUCUCUAUUACCCGGAUUUCGCUGCUCGAGGUCCUUCGGGAGAAGGCUGGUCAGGGUAGGAAGGUACAGAUCGACCACGCGCAAGAGUAUGUACUGAGACAGUCUGAGAGGGUAGGAAAAGAAAUAGACGAGGGAAGUCUCCGUGUGCAAGUCAGCAAAAUUCUAUCUAAAAUGUUUGCGCGUUUAGACAAGAAAAGAAGCAACGGGGACUACACCAGGUAUAUUGAAAUAGAUAAAAACUGGCUCUCUGUAGAAGAAAAGUUGAGUACAGCAAUCGCCCCCACCCCACACUCCCAGAAAAAGGGAAGACCAAAGAAGCCCUUCGAUCAGUCUUGCAAAAAGACUAAACGCCGGAAGUUAACUGAUGUUGUAAACAAGUAUAGUUCAGAGGAAUUACUAGAAGCCACUGCAAUUAAAUUGAGGUCUGAGGGGAAGGGGGGAGAGUCUCGUUUCCUGAGCAAUCUAAAUGAGGCAGUUCAAAGUCGUAAGUUACCCUCCCAGGGUGUCCAAACCCUUGCUGCGGACGUUACUCUAGGGGCCAUGGUAGAGGCUGACUUAUCUAAAAAUGGGUACCUCGCCGUUCGCCAACUAGUCAACAGUCAAACUCCCAAAAUGAUGCCUUCUUAUGAUAAAAUCCAAGAAGAAAAACAAAAAUGCUACCCGUCUGAUGACUUUUUCACAGUGACUGAUUUUUCUGCUGAGGUCGACCUCCAGGCACUACUCGACCACACCAGCGGCAGGAUUAUUGCACUGCAGGAUGAGGUGUUAGAGAAAUUUCCACAGGAGCUCUGUCAAGUUGUCCUUGUAGUGAAGUGGGGUUUCGACGGGUCUAGUUCUCACGCUGAGUACAAUAAUCAUGGUCCGGGUGACGGGACCGAAAGAAAAGACUGCAUGUUUUUAACAUCAAUGGCACCCGUGCAGAUGCGGCUCGAGAGCAAUAAAAAUACAGUCGUGUGGCAAAACCCUAGGCCAAGUUCCACCAGGUACUGCAGACCGAUUCGCUUUCAGCAACGAGCUGAAACGAAGCAACUUCUCAUCCAAGAGUCUGCAUAUAUAGAAGGAAAGAUUCGAGGUCUGGAUUCCACUGACUUCCAAUUAAAAUCAGGGAAGUCCGUGACAGUGCGCUACGAAAUGUGCCCUACCAUGCUAGACGGGAAAGCUAGCAGCGCAGCGCAGAAAUUUUCUGACCAGAGUUGCUCUUUGUGUGGGGCUCGUCCAGGGGAAAUGAACAACCUUGGCGACCUAGAAAAAACCUUUCAGAUUAAAAAUCCUAAUAACUUGAAGUAUGGCAUUCCCCCUCUUCAUAGCCGAAUUCGCUCUCUUGAAUGCAUGCUCUUCGUCUCCUACAGAAUAGGCACAAAUAGGAAAUCUUACCAAAAAUAUACAGAUGAACAGGCCAAGGCGGUAAGUUUAAGAGAGAAGGAGGUAAGACAGAAAGUUAAGGAAAAUCUGAACAUUACUGUCGACAAAGUUGUUCGUGGCUCCGGAACUUCAAACACCGGAAAUACUGCUCGUAAAUUUUUUGACGAGCCGAGGAUUACUGCUGAAGCCACUGGGUUAGAUGAAACUCUUCUCCACAGGCUCUCUGUGAUCCUCGACACCCUUGCGAGUGGUUUGGACAUAGAUGUAGAGAAGUUUAAAACCUAUGCCCAUGAGACUGCACGUCUGUAUGUGCAAUUGUAUCCCUGGAACUACGUGCCCUCAACUGUGCAUAAAAUGCUUAUCCAUGGUCACUCCGCCAUCGAAGCUGCUCCUGUUCCCAUAGGCAUGCUAUCAGAAGAAGGGUCUGAGGCCCUCAAUAAGUACGUGCGGAAUGCCAGAGAGUUCCACACCAGAAAGUUUUCAUCAGAAGCCACAAACGAGGACCUUCUUAAAAGGCUUCUUGUGAGCUCAGAUCCUGCCAUAUCUUCGCUUCGUCGGCUCCCCCAAAGAAACGUUCCUGGCAGCUUCCGCCCUGAUGUUCAAAAUUUGCUAAAGCCUGCUGCAUGUUAACUGCUUGUGCAUGGUUGCCUGCAUACUUUCUGUUCAACUUUUUUUUUGUCUUGAUGUAUGCCAAUACUUUUUUAUUUUAUGUUAUUUUUGUCAAUAUUUUAUUUUUGUUGCAUCGUUUUUUUAGCCCGCCCUUCUGCUUUUAAAAAAGCAUUAAAGCGGGCUUAUGCAACCGCUCUCGUGUCCGUCUGUCUGUCCGUCGUCCGUGUAAGAGGAAGGAGAUGAGAUAGGGGUCUGCAAAUUUCAGGGUAUCUUAGGGGUCACUCCUGGACAACGAAACGCCUGGUGCAAAUCCUGGCAACCACCCCUAAGGGGGUGAAAGGGGGUAACAAAUAAAUAGAGGUUGGUUCACAAAGUAGAAAAUCAAAUUUUUUUUAUGGUCUCCUUAGGGGUUACUCGUGAAAGUAGAUCCCUGUGGACUAAAAUUUCGUCCGUUUGCCUCUAUCUUGCACCGUUUGGGCGCUAGAGUGUUUUUUCGACGAAAAUACGGUGAAAAUGACCACGUUGCACAUGAAGACGUACAAGGAGGCCUCCAAUCGUAAAAUGUCAGAGGAAGUACCCCCCCAAAACAGCACAUUCUGAGUCUGAUGGUCCCCUCCGAUUUACCGCAUCUUUAACCGUUUAGGAGCUAGAGGUAGAUAUUUUGAAAACAAUUGCAAAAAGUCAAGUUUUAAGACUGUGUGGUAAACAAUAUACUAUCUUCAAUCUGCGCCUGUUUUAUAUUUUUAAUUCUUAGGCAAAGCAGAAGGGUGGGGUGAAGUCACGGUGUUGCCCCGUUACAGUCUUUUUUCAUGUCCAAGGAGCAAAUUUCUAGGGCCGCAGGCCCCUACCGGACGCGUUAGUUUACUCAAUUAAUGCUAAGUGAUUUACGGGUCACAUUAUUUAUUUGAUUAUGCACUUUGGUAAAUCGAGAGACUGAAAUGGUCGGGCCGAAGGCCCGACCAUCGCCGCCGGCAGGCCAAGCAGGCCCGGCCCCUGCCGAACGGAGUUGCCGGCGCAGCGAAGUGGAGAUGGCAGCUCCGUUUGGCGGAAGGGCGGGCCUGCUUGUUUAUUUUAGUGACAUGUUUUUCUGGUAGAGUGCAUGAAAUUGUUUAAAUAAUUUGUGUGACAUGCAUCUAAGCGUAUAUGCAUACUUUUUUUUUAUUUUUGACGUGUUCUUUCUAGGCAUGUGUAUGAAUUUUCAAUAUUUUAUUUUUGUUACACGCUUCUAAACAAUUAGAUACCUUCUUUAUUUAGUUUUUAUCUUUUUGACUUGUUUUUCUGCAGAUUAUGUGUAUAAAAUUUUACACAUUUUUGUGUUUGAGAUAUUUGUGUUUGCUAACACAUGAUUGCCUAUCAAUAAAGUGUUUCGAGACAAAAAACAACUGUUUUCCCUAAAACUGAUUGAAAUCAUAACGAUUUUUCGGUAGGGUACUCCUCUAACUAUUAAGAUAAAAUAAUUUUAGGGUGAAAUGGAUAUGAAAAAUGAGUUCAGUACCCUUCAAAACCCCCCUAUACUAAAUUUCACUGUCCUCCGAUGAGCAAAUGAAUUUUGUCCCACUUUUUUCGAUUUCCGUCCACUGUGCGCCGCCUACCUCCUGGCUCCGUAGAUGGGCUGCACGAACCACAGCGAAGACUCAUCCGGUAGAGGGGUAUGGUACGGGGGUAGGCCGGUGGUGGUCACCCGUAACACAAACACACUUAGAUAAUCCAGCUGCAAGGAUACCCGUGACACACAGGGCACGUGGGCUUCGCGAUCUGACAACACUCGUACUGCCUGUUGAGUCCGGUCCCGUGUUGACAGUAGCAGUACCAGGUGUGCCGCCAGGGGGCGCCGCGCUAGAGGGUGGGUCCGAACCACCUAGUUCCGCUUCCUGCCACCGAGCGCUGGGGGCUAUGCGGGGGGAGAGGGGAGGUGGAGCGGGGAGGGGGGCAGAGGCACGCACGAACACAGGCCCUGUCCUGACCUGCCCCAUUCUACGUGGAACCAUGAGCUGGCCUUGGCGAGUGGUUACCCCCGUGCUGCACUACAACCUCUCGAAUCCUGACGUGUCCGACUCCUUGUUGACGCUGGGUGGCCAGAUGGAGGUCCUGGACCUGGAGACGGGCCAGUGGGAGCUGGUCCCCGACACUCCUUCCCCGAGGCCCUCUCGUGCCACCGCACCCCUACCUGUGCCUCCGGGCGGUGAUGGGGAGGUGAUCGACCUGGCCACCCCUCUUAGGGCCCCGGUCGCGUCGCCGUCAUCGCCCGAGGUAGUCCUGGUGGAUGUCAUCCUGGCCCCCGCCGACCCGAGCCCCAACCCGGUGCCGCCGCUGACGCCGUCGAGGCCACCGUCGUCGCCGACCUAGGCGCUGGAGGCAGCACCGCCCAUGCAGAGCCCCCGGGGGUGCUUUGGGCCUUUGAGCUGGGUGUGGAUCUCUUCGGACUCCGAGGCCAGCCCAGAUUCUGCGCAGCCCCCGUCCAAGCGGUCCCGCCUCGCCGAACCAGAGUGCGCUGCCGCCGCCGCCAGCUCCGAGGACAUCAUCGAGGUCGUCUCGUCCUCCCCCGCCAGCCCCUGCUCCGCGGACGACUCCGCCGAGUAUGAAGAGCGCCGACGGGAGGAAGAGGAGUACGACCAGAUGAUGGAGAAUCAGCUGGGUCUCCAUCAGGUGCUCCUGCAGGAGGCGUACGACGAGUACGAGCGCCAGGUUGAGUAGCAAAUCCAUGUGCAGGGGGAGGACGCGGAGGCCCUUCUCCAGCCCCAGGCUGAGGAGGAGGAGGUGGAUGAGCUGGGCGAGGAGUAUGAGUGGGAGGGGUACAUAAACAGUUGAUCUCUACCUUUUAGUGCUUAUUGGUAAACCUGUUCCAAGAGAGGGAGAAUUAGCAGUGGGACGCAUAGAGGGAGAGAGCAUACCGAGGCUGUAAGGAAAGAGUCCUCUGGAACGAAGCUAGAGAACAUACAGAGCAGUGAGUGAGUCGGACGAUUCCUGUGAGUUGGAGUAAUAGAACAGACGGCACAAGGAGGCAUAAGUCAUGAGGUAAUAAGGGCGUGCUACAGAGGGUGAGAGGGAGAACACUGGGUUCAAGCAAUACCAGACCAGCAAGUGAGAGAAAGCUACAACAGCACAUAAUACAACUUCAUAGAGACCAACCUGCGGAAAGAACCAAUCUGAUUAAAGAGGCUGGAACAGAGGGGAAACGGCACACAAAACAGUUAGACAGGGUAGUAUUGAUCGACAGUGGGCUAGAGAGAGAGAGUGAGCGGAAGAUAAGAAAGCACAAACCAGGACACAGCAUAGAUCACACAUCAAGCAAAGCAAAAGGCAUUUGCUAGAAUGGGAGAAGAGAGAUAGUAAGCGGAAGGCAGUGAGGCACAAACACAAACCAGCACACAGUAUGCAUCACACACAGAGCCACGCAAAAGGCAAUUGCUUAAAUGAGAGAGGAGGGAAGAGGUGAGACAAGCAAUCAUAAAGCCUAGUCGACCCUCGCGUAUGACAUAUUAGCAGG